AUGGAACCUUUACGCCUCAAGCCACGCCAGCCGGCAGCGGAACCCGACAUCGAAGACUGGGACGAUGACGACUUCCAGAUCGAAACCGACGAUCUGACAUUCCGCACCGCCUCUACCGCUACCACCCUUCCUCCCACACGACGCGACUCUGCGUCUUCACAUGUUUCCCUCCGUUCCGACCUCGAAUCUAUUCUGGACGAAGAGACACACGUGCAUGUUCCGGGCGACGACGAGAAGUCGACCCUCGACGCUAUCGCCGCUGCCACACAGGCCGGCAUUCCGAUACCCAAAAAUGUACCCUCUUCCGCUCUAAUGGGCGGCACUAUCAAACGACUAGGUGGACGAAAGAUCAAGAAGAUCAUGCAGGACGACUGGGAGGAUGAUCUGGUGCUGCCAGACUCGGCACAGGGCCUUCGCAUCAAACCUCAGGACGGCUCCAGAUUCCCCGACGCUCUUCGACAAGUCAGCGGCUCGAAUCAGACCAGUCCGACCAAAGCUAUGAAGACUCCCCCGGCGGUUUCAUUGCUGGACCGGAGAGAGUCGACGGAAUCAAGGACGAGCACACUAUCAGGAACUCUCAACUUGGAGAGGUUCCGUGACAACGACGAUGACGACGACUUCUUUGGUGAUGGAUCAGAAACCAUCAAAGUAUCAAAGACUCGUCCGCCUAAGCCCAUUUCACUUAUUACCCCACCGACCCCUCAGAAGAUUGACAAGCCUUUGGACGAUGAUUUCGAGAACGACUUUGAACUGCCCUCCGACGGCAAGCUGAGGCUUUCCACUAGAAAGGACAUCCCCAAGACGCCUUCGAAUCAGGCAGAUGAUCUGGAUUGGGGCGAGGGGAGCCUCGGUACUCGCUUUGGAGGCACUCGAAGAGAUGCUCGUUCGAAUAGGAGCUCGUCAGUCUCCGCCAUGAGCCCCAGUGUGUCGAGUUCAUUCACCGCGGAGAGCGAAGAUGAGACGUUUGAUGGCCUCAUACUCCCCAGCGGUCCGGUGAAUUUUGGAGAGAGAUUGAGCCGCAGGAAGCUCAGUCGCUCUCCCGUACGUCCUGUGGAAGAAGAGCCGCCAAAUCUCAAGACUCCUCAGCCGCGCAACGAGCCAGAGCCUGAAGACAUGUUCGAUGGUCUUGACGUGGGUGACGGUGAGGUCUUCAACUCGGGGAAGCUUACUCUCCACCGCAAUAUUCGCGUCAACGCGAACCGCCCGCCCAGCCCCCAGAGGCCCAAGACUGCAAUCUCAUUGACCUUUACCAACAAGGCUACUCCGUCACGACUGCCUCGCCCUAGUCAUGAACGUCACGAACGAACUCAAUCUGCAUUAGAGCCUGUGUCCGAGAGUGGCGGUCCUAUCUUUGCUCGUACGCGGAGAUCUCAAUCUCGUAUGGGCCACUCAUCACAGUCCUCUGUCACGAGCAUUCAUAGCAUGCCAACGCCUACGACACCUUCUCCAUCCAGUUCUUUGCUUCCCUCGACGCCACGCAGGCGAGAGCUUGGUGCUAGGACCUCAACCACGUCGCUGCGAAAUGAGCCGACGACCACGAGCACGCAGUUGCUGAGAUUUAAGCGAUCUCUGCCUGCAAUGAGCAGUUCUCACUCACCAGCAAAGACCAUAUCCCGAUUUGAACGGCCACCAUCUAGGACGGAUGGCAACCGUCCGCCUUCCUCAAUGCGGCCCAAGACUCCUACUGAGAGAUCUCGACCCGCUGUGGAAAGCUUUGCUGCCCAGCAACGACGCCCCUUCCUCCCUGCUGGGGCCUCACAAUCCCAGUCGCAGCACGUGACUGCAAAAACUUCUCGAAGUUUCCGACGCCACGAUUCCGAGAACGCCCUAGACUUACGGCCGACCUCAAGGGCAUUUUCUCGGUCGACGAUGCGGUCGCCGAGUCCGAAAAGAGUAAAUCGCCAUUCGGAUCAAAUCACUCGCGACGGUUUGUCGUUCCGUACGCUCACCAAGCCAAACCGAACCCGGAACUUUGGUGACGGGCAUGAGUUGGAUGGAUUUGACGACUUGCCCACUUCAGCGCAUUCAGAGGCGAAAUUUGUUCGACAACCUGUCAAGGCACCGCUCCGCAACAAGCUUUACCAGAAUGUGCUUCCUGAUCGAACCACCACGCCCUCCCCGGCACUUUGCUCCCCUGCGAAGGGUGAUUACACGCCCCAUUUCGCCCGCGAUACCCAGGCUAGCCGAAUUGCUCGGGAGACCUCGCUUGCUCAACGAGCUCCAUCAGGCCCACUGGUGCCUCUCACCUCGUCGCGCGUCUCCCAAUUGUCGUCCAGGAACAAUUUCAACCCCGGACUACCACAGGCAACGGUGCGGUCGAAAAAGAAGAGGAACCUUCCCCAAUUGAAACCUCAUCUAAUUUCCAACAUGAACAAGGACAAGACUCCGCAACAUCUUCAGGGCAUGUUCUACAACCCCGACACCUACCGUUGGGAAGGCAACGAAAAUGUCUUGAACGCGUUCGACCCACCCGCCUCGUCCCCGUCGCCAACAUCAAUGCCGCCCCAUGUGGUACGAGAUAAAGAAGCUUCUUCAACACCGCGGCCGGCUUUGAUCACGAACAUAAGCCACACAAAGGGCGUGCAGGUUGUGGGCGGCAUGGUCUUUGACCCACAGAACAUGUGCUGGCUCAAGCUCGGUCCACAGACAAACCCCAAGUCUGAGAUAGCCGACCCUAUGGACGGUUUCAAUGCUCUGGACGAUGACGAGGACGUUUUCAAGGACAUUCCGGAUCUCGACGACAACCAAGGCGACGCCAAAGAGCCCGGCCGCGUCAGCGACGUUAAGGACGAGUGGCUCGUCGGCGAAGAAUUCGAUGUCGGUCCUGAAUUCGUCCGGAGGCAGCGUGAGGAAGAAGACAGAUGGAGAAAGAAAUGCCAGAAAUGGCUGAGUGGUGGAGACCGAGACCGCGAAGCUGCCAGAUGGGCGAUUCGCGACAUCCUGCUUCACCAGAGGGCUGCCCAGUAG